GCCAUUAGAAAGCUUCACUAAGCAAUAAUCUGAAAACGUAUCAUCGUCUCCAUCUCACCUUCUUUAUCUCUCUCUCUCUCUCUCUCUCUCUAAUCGUUCAGUUGUGAUCCAGAACUUGAAUCAGAUCAAUGUCGAAUCAGAAAGUUGUUCAGACAGAAACUGAAAGUGACGAUGAAAACAACCCGAUUCAUCAUCCCUACGCGUUUCAUGUAUCCGGACCGCGUAAGGUUUCUGCCCCGAAUUGGCGAGAUCUCAUCAAUUCCAGCUGGAAAGAUGGAAACUACAAGAGGACUGUCAUAGCCUGUUUUAUCCAAGCAGUUUACUUACUAGAACUCGAUCGACAAGAAAACCGAAGUGAAGAAACCGCGCUAGCUCCAAAAUGGUUCAUACCCUUUAAGUACAAACUUUCAAGAACUUUAAUUGAUGAAAGAGAUGGAUCUAUUUAUGGUGCAGUUUUAGAAUGGGAUAGAUCAGCAGCAUUGUCUGAUUUCAUAGUCAUUAGACCAAGUCAUGCACCUCGCGCGGUUUUAGCACUACGAGGAACACUUCUAAAAGGCCCAACUCUUAGGCGCGAUAUACAAGAUGAUCUAAGGUUUUUAGCAUGGGAAAGUUUGAAAGGUUCCGUUAGAUUUAAAGGGGCGUUAGAGGCGUUAAGAUCGAUUUCUGAUGCAUAUGGAAGUCAUAAUGUUGCUGUUGCGGGUCACUCUUUAGGGGCGGGAUUCGCACUUCAGAUAGGGAAAUCGUUAGCAAAACAAGGGCUGUUUGUUGAGACUCAUUUGUUCAACCCGCCCUCGGUUUCACUUGCGAUGAGCUUGAAAAAUAUGGGCGAAAAAGCGGUUGUUGUUUGGGAGAAAGUUAAGUCAAUGGUGACGUCAUCUAAUAAUGGUGCCACAUCUAAUGAAGAUAGUAAUAAUCAAGUGGUAUUUAACAAAUGGGUGCCUCAUUUGUAUGUUAACAAUAGUGAUUAUAUAUGCUGCUAUUAUACUGAUCCAGCUGGCGGUAAAGAUGGCGGCGAUGGUGGUGGUGGUGAGAAGGAGAACGUGAGGCCGCCAUCAGCCGCCAAUGGACACCUGGCUGCGAAGCUUUUUGUAUUGUCGAAAGGGAAACAGAAGUUUUUGGAAGCACAUGGUUUGGAACAAUGGUGGUCAGAUGAUUUGGAACUUGAACUGGCUUUGCAAAGUAGUAAGCUUAUUAGCAAGCAACUCAAGUCAUUGUAUAGCCUCCCUCCUAGCUCAACCACGAGCCGUCGAUGACCCCCAUCGAUGCAUGAUUGAACUGUUUAUAUAAGUUGUUGGUUUGAUUAAAGUUUGAGGUUGAUAUUUUUUGCUACGGCUCAUGUAAAUUAUUGAAAAGUGUUGGACUGUAAAUUAUCCGUAUUUUUCACUAUAGGUACCUAAGGGGUACCGUACCGCAACGUAACUUGGUAAUUUGCAUUUUUAUGUUUGUGACUUUUA